UGACGAUUCCAGAAGAAAAAUUAAUAUCACUCUAUCGUCACAAUAGCUGUAUAAUAAAACUUCAAUCACCUUUUCAUUCAACUACAACUGCUCAAACAGCAUUGAAAGGAAAUUGUAUUACCUUCCUUCAAAAUGUACCAAAUAUUGUCAAUAGUUUGCCACUUACACUUGCUGAUCUUUGUGAUACACUUAAAGUAAUUUUUAUUGGAGCUCGGCUACCUGAUCGUCUUCAUCUUAAAAAAGUUUUAACAGUACGGAAGAAGAGAAUUAUUCAGGCAUUACAAUGGCUAAAAAAAUAUAAUAUACUUUAUCAAAACAUCAACAUAAAUCUUGAAAAUAUUGCUCAAUUACCAGAAGAUGAUGUACCCGAAUGCAUCAUGUCAACUUUAGAACAAAAGAUAGGUGAUGAAGAAGGUCAAUCUGAAAGAACUGGAUAUGUUCCUAAUCCAUUAAUGAAUCCAAAAGAAUGCACUACUGCAGAUGUCAUAUCUAUCAGUAACAGUGGUGUUCUUGAUGUUAAUGGCUCAUCAGUAUCAUCAGAUGAGAUUGUUAAUUACUUUUUACACAAAAUAAAAACAAAUGACCAAGCAGUUACUGAAAACGUUUACUUAAUUCCACAUUCAUCGAAAUCUGUCAAUGAAUAUUUCAAUCCAAAAUUAUUAACUGGUUUAUAUCCAACUUUAUUCUGUUAUGGACGAGGAGCACCUGGAGAUCAAUCACGUCCAAUUGAAAUCAAAUUUAAAGAACAUAUACGUUAUCUAUUAUCUUAUAAUGAUCGUCGCUUUGAAACAAAUCAUAGUUUCAUAUUUGUAGUUUUCCAACUUAUUGCAACGACGUGA